AUGGCUCAGCCAGGCGUCCAAUCCCUCAAGUGCGUCGUCACAGGCGACGGCGCGGUCGGCAAGACAUGUCUGCUCAUUUCGUACACGACCAACGCCUUCCCCGGCGAAUAUAUUCCUACAGUCUUUGACAACUACUCGGCGAGCGUAAUGGUGGACGGCAAGCCCAUCAGCCUGGGUCUCUGGGAUACCGCUGGUCAGGAGGACUACGACCGUCUGCGCCCUCUGUCCUAUCCCCAGACCGACGUCUUCCUCAUCUGCUUCUCGAUCGUCAGCCCGCCGUCGUUCGAUAACGUCAAGGCCAAGUGGUUUCCAGAAAUCGAUCACCACGCGCCCAACAUUCCCAUCAUUCUCGUCGGGACCAAGCUCGAUCUGCGAGAAGAGGCCGCUACGCUCGAGUCUCUUCGCCAGAAGCGCAUGGAGCCCGUCUCGUACGAGCAGGCGCUUGCUUGUGCCAAGGAGAUUAAGGCGUACAAGUACCUCGAGUGCUCCGCCCUGACACAGAGGAACCUCAAGAGCGUGUUCGACGAAGCCAUCCGCGCCGUUCUGAAUCCCCGCCCGCAGGCGACGCAAAAGCAGAAGAAGAAGUGCACCAUUUUGUAG